AUGAAAAUAAGAAAAUCGGGAUACGACGAAUGCGUCGGCUUUACUCGACUUAUAAUGACGAUCAUUGGCACAUGGCCAGGUGCGGAAUAUAGUCAACAUUGGUAUGCACGAUAUAUGUUUUCAAUACCGCUGUUUUUCUCAAUGUUCUUCAUGAUAAUUCCACAAACAAGAAUGUUACUCCACGUAAAGGACGAUCUGAAUUAUAUUAUUGAAAUUCUGACUACAGCAGAUGUAAUGAUUAUCGUAGCUUGUUUAAAGUUAAUCGGAGUUUGGUACAAUAAAAAAGAUCUUAGGUACUUGUUAAAUGAAAUAGAAAAAGAUUGGACAAUCACAGAAAAGGAAGAACAGCAUGUGGGAAAUGCUAUGUGGGAAAACGUGAAAUUAGGAAAGUUCAUCAUGAAUGGGUACGCAGUUUUGACGUACGGAACUGUAGUAUUGUAUGCGGCUGGUAUGUUGCUGCUAAUGAACUCUCAAAAAAUCGAAGACUUCGAUAACGAGAACAUCACGCAAAGUAGACUGAUGUUUGUGAGGUCUAAGUUUCCUUUUGAAACCCAAGGCAGCCCUACUUUUGAAAUCAUAUGGUUCUUACAAUUUCUUGCAGCUGUGAUGAGUAUUGCAGCUUUUACAACUUUUGAUGGCUUUUUUAUAUUCUCCAUACUACACGUAUGUGCUCAAUUAGUUAAUUUACAAUGUAAUUUUCGAAAUUUAAUUUCACGAUGCCGACUAACGAAGCGGACAUUUGUCCAACAUAUGAGGGAUCUUGUUGAAAGGCAUAUACAUCUGCAACGCUUUACACAAAUAAUUGAAAACAAUUUCAACAAAGUAUUUUUAAUGCAAAUGAUUGGCUAUUCAGUAACGUUAUGUUUACAAGGGUACCAAUUAGUUAUCAGUUUAACAGAAAACUCGGAACAAAACUUUAUUACAAUAGCGUUUAUAUUAGUUUACACAACAGCUAAUAUUUUAAGUCUUUUCGUAUACUGCUACGUAGCUGAGAAACUUCGAAAAGAAAGCACGGAGAUCUUUUAUGCAGUUUGCGCUAUGCCUUGGCACGAAGUGAAACCAGAAGAGUCGAAAAUGAUCGUCAAUAUAAUGUACGCCGCAAAACAUCCAUUCGAAAUUACCGCUGGAAAGUUUGCAGUGCUUUCCUUUAGCUACUUCGUUAAAGUUUUGAAGACGGCUAUGGGAUACUUAUCGAUGCUGCUAGCCAUGAAAAGUAGCCAUAAAAUGUAA